AUGGCUUCUUCCAAUGGCGAUGGUAGCAAGCCUUCCGAGGCAAUGAUGCAGCUACUUGCUCCAGAUGGCUAUUAUGCAUACCUUAAAAUAGAUAAAUCAGCAAGCACAGAGAUUGAUGAAGACUUGAUCAAGAAAAAUUACAGAAAGCUUAGUUUGAAGCAUCAUCCUGACAAACCUGGUGGUGAUGCAGACACCUUUCGAUUACUAAAUCGGGCCCAGAGGGUACUCAAGACUCCCAGGUUGAAGCAGCAGUACGAUAUCCUAGGCCUAGAUUUGGACGACGACGAUGAACAGCAUGAUGAUAAUGCAGCUACCGACGGUGGAGAUCAACCAACGACUUCCCAAGGAAUUGUGCACGACAUGGCAAGCAUGGUUCUCACCACAAUAUUGCAGCUGGGAGUUCGAACAGUUAUGAUGGCUAUAGCGUCGCUUUUAGUGGUUCGGUAUCGAUGGCUGUUGUACCCUGCCUUGGCAUUCUUAGGUUUCCUUGCUUUUCGAAAUCACUCUGUAGCUUUGCAGGGUGGAAUAGAGCUGAUUUCUCCUUUCCUAAUUGGGACAGGAUUGCUUAUCAUGUAUCAGUCAUCGGCAGAAACCGGCAGUGGAAUUCUCUACUGGCUUGGAGAGAGUCUAGUCAUAGCAAUGUUCACCUACAAUUCAGUAAGUACAACGCCACAGCUACCUUCUCCUCUCGUGAUAGGGGGCACUGCCGUAUUUUCUUUGGUAGCAGCACUGUGGUUCAGGGGGAAAUUCUGGAAUUAUGCCGUUGUUGUGACGUUUGAGAUCUUUUUGGCCAUUUUUGUUGCCAUGGCCUUCCCUGUGAUGGAAAUGGUUCUAGAGGCUAUCUUGAACGAGAAAUUGAAAAAAGUGGGCGAGAAAGUUAGACUUCAACACAAACACAUGGAGAAAUACUACAGCUCUAGAACUUAA